AUGGAUAGCUGGCGGGCGUAUGAGGCCCAGGGUGGUGGAUUAGACAUGGAGAGUGGCGAGGGUGCGUCGUCGUCUGGAGCAGGUGGCGGCGGAUCUUCAGGAGGUGCAACAGCUAGCGGGAUUCCUGGACUUAGCUUCGACGCUUUCACGCCGUAUUUUCAGAACGCGUCCGAUUCCGUCAAUGCGACAUGGUCGAGUGUUUCAAAGAACGUGCAGGAGUUGCCAGGAAGCAUACAGAAGCAGGCGAACGUGCUGCCGUCGCGGAAAGCCCUGAUGUACUUCGUGGUGGUGCUGGCGACGGGCGUGUUCUUCCUCUUCCUCGCCUUCUCCAUGUUCCUCCCGGUCAUUGUGCUCGCUCCUCAGAAGUUCGCUGUGUGCUUCACCAUUGGCUGCCUGCUCGUGGUGGGCUCCUUCUUUGUGCUCAAAGGACCCAUGGUGCAGCUCCAGAGCAUGACCUCCGCUGAGCACAAUAUAUUGCUCAAUGGUGCUUCACUCUUAUCUGCUUUCAGUUAUAUCGUCGGGAGCACAGGUGCUUGCACUUGUUUACUACGUCGUAUCUUUCUUCCCUGGCGGCACUACUGGCUUGCGCUUUCUCACAUCCAUUCGUUCCUCGUCAGCACCACUCUCAAGAAUGGCUGCGAUUCAUUUCACUCACAAGCCACCAGCCGACCAGCGUCACAUGGCCGUCGCAGCUCGCCGCGUCUGGUGGUGAGAGCGGCGGCGAAGACGGCGGAUGAUCCGGCGGCAAAGGCGCUUCAGGCGAAGUCGUUAGGCGAGCUGCGGGCCAUGGCGAGGGAGAAAGGGUUGCGCGGAGAUACCAAGGCAGAGCUGGUUAUGCUGCUGCUGCAGACCCAGCCGUCCUCGUCAUCCCCCGUGCACCCGUCCGCGGUGAUCCCUCCCCCUGAAUCGACGCGCAGACCCACCACUCUAGCUCCCACCGCCACCAGCAGCACAUCUAGCGGGGUUUCCGGCGGCAAGGGCGGCAAGUCCGAGGCGGCGAAGGCGCUGGAGGCGAUGAGCACGGCGCAGCUGCGCGCCAUGGCCCGGGAGAAAGGGCUCCGGGGCGACACGCGCGCCGAGCUGAUCAAUCUCCUCGUAGCCGCCCUCCCCCAGUCCGCCAAGCCCACCUCCAAUGCGUCCGUCAUGCCGCGGCCCCUUCCCCCGUCCGCCUCGCCUGCUGCUGCAGCAGCCGCCGCAGCAGCCUCUGGUGACGGCAACGGUGCGAGCAGCAGCAGCAGGGAGUCCGAAGUGGCAGAGGCGGAGGUGGUGCUGCCACCGUUUGCCUCGGACAUCCCCCCUGGCGGCAUUGCCAUCAGCCAGGUGCAGCCCAAGGCGGGCAGUGGGGCGACGUCAAAAGAGGUGAAGGAGGCGGCAGCGGAGCUGAAGCAGGGGCAGUUCGUGCGCUCCGUGCUCAUAGGCGGCUUUGGCCUCGCGCUCGUGCCUCUCGUGCUGCCCCUCGCCCCCACCAACAGACUCGUCCCAGGCUCGCCUGCUGAACAGCUGGCAGCACAGCUAGGGGAGGAGGCGACAGUGCUGCUCAACUCACUGCUGGACACGCAAGCUGUCACAGUGAACCAGCUGCAGGCGCUCAUGCCUCUCAUCUCGCCAGACCUGGACCCCACCACGCGGGCUGCCAGAGCUGCUUG